UACAUGGAUUCAUCACAGCUGCAUGCAGUCUUAUUUCGUAGCCUAAUUUUGCAUAAAGAACACAAACUAUUAUGAUCGUAAGUCCAAGCCUUUCUAAUUAAAACGUUUUCGAAGCAAAGUUCAAAGGGAUAAAAAUGUUCGGGAAGAAACGAAUGAAGGUCCUUUCAAUUUCCCAGUUGGCGAUGGCGGCCAUCUUCCUCACGAUUGGUAUGGUGGAUCGAUAUAAAGUAGGAUACAAAACCAGCCUAACGUAUAUGCCAUGUUGGAUAUCUAGCUUGGUUCUCGCGACUGGCACCAUGGGACUUGCUGUAAUCCGCGCUCCAAUCCCAUCGUCCAUUCUGAUCGAUGCGCUGUGGUCAGUUAGCGUGGCUUGCAUCGUACUAUCUGCGAUAGCAGUUUACAGCUAUCAUCGGGGUCUGAUCCAUUGCCUGAUUAACACCUACCGAUGGGAAAGUUAUGAUUUCGUGGUAGAGGGGACAACUACCUUCCUGACUGAUAAGGAGAAGCUGAUGGUUGCCAUAUCAUCUCUCCUCGUGGCGUUUUUCAUCUUGGAGAUCAUGCUCGCUGCUACACUUGUUAGAAGCACAACCCUUGCAAGCCUCCAGCCCUCAUCAGAGCACGAGCUGCAUUGUAUUCACCCACCAAGAGGAAGAUCCAAUACUAUUCAGACUGAGUGUGAGUCUUAGUCAUCGCGCCCGUUUGUAACAUGACACUAGAAUGAAAGAAAACCUUUGUCAACAUACAUCUUUUGACAAAUAAUAGCAAACUUUAAUUACAAAAUUGACAAUAGUAAAGAUAGUUUAAAACAAUGCAAAAAUUUAGUGUGCCUGCUGUUAAUAAAUAAAACUUUAAUUAUUAUUUGCUCAGACGACUUUUAAAUUUA